CGCGGGGCGGGGGUCCCGGGCCUGGCCCUCCCGGCCGACAGCAGCGCCCGCGCCCCGCGCCGGAGGUGGGGCCGGGGCCAGGGUCGGCCGGAGCGCGCAGGGCGGGGGAGGGGAGGCCGCCCCACGGCGGCCCGCGGGGACCCGGUUCCGGCGCGCGCGGGAGGCGCCUCGUGCGGAGGCGGCCCGAGGCCUAGUGACAGGCGCGCGGCGCGGACCCCGGAAGCCCACCUGUCAGAGUUACCGGUCAGCCGGGCGGGCGCCGCCGGGGUCUGGGGUGGACGCCGCGAGCCUGCACGUUGCGCCGGGACCCUGGGGCUGCGCCCAGAAAAAUCAUUUUUCUUCUCUGGGAAGGUGAACAUUUGUAGCAUUUAUUUCCCGGAUCUGGUAACAUGGCAAAAGAUGCCGGUCUAAUUGAAGCCAACGGAGAACUCAAGGUCUUCAUAGACCAGAACCUCAGUCCCGGAAAAGGCGUGGUGUCCCUCGUGGCCGUUCACCCCUCCACUGUCAACCCGCUCGGGAAGCAGCUCUUGCCAAAAACCUUUGGACAGUCCAAUGUCAACAUUGCCCAGCAAGUGGUAAUUGGUACGCCUCAGAGACCGGCAGCGUCAAACACCCUGGUGGUAGGAAGCCCACACACCCCCAGCACUCACUUUGCCUCUCAGAACCAGCCUUCCGACUCCUCACCUUGGUCUGCCGGGAAGCGCAACAGGAAAGGAGAGAAGAAUGGCAAGGGCCUGCGGCAUUUCUCCAUGAAGGUCUGCGAGAAGGUGCAGAGGAAAGGGACCACUUCCUACAACGAAGUGGCGGACGAGCUGGUCGCGGAGUUCAGUGCUGCCGACAACCACAUUUUACCAAACGAGUCAGCUUAUGACCAGAAGAACAUAAGACGGCGCGUCUACGAUGCCUUAAACGUGCUGAUGGCCAUGAACAUCAUCUCCAAGGAGAAGAAGGAGAUCAAGUGGAUUGGUCUGCCCACCAACUCGGCUCAGGAAUGUCAGAACUUAGAGGUGGAAAGACAGAGGAGACUUGAAAGAAUAAAACAGAAACAGUCUCAACUUCAAGAACUUAUUCUACAGCAAAUUGCCUUCAAGAACCUGGUGCAGAGAAACCGGCAUGCGGAGCAGCAGGCCAGCCGGCCGCCGCCACCCAACUCAGUCAUCCACCUGCCCUUCAUCAUUGUCAACACCAGCAAGAAGACAGUCAUCGACUGCAGCAUCUCCAAUGACAAAUUUGAGUAUCUGUUUAAUUUUGACAACACAUUUGAAAUCCACGAUGACAUAGAAGUGCUGAAGCGGAUGGGCAUGGCUUGUGGACUGGAGUCGGGGAGCUGCUCUGCCGAAGACCUUAAAAUGGCCAGAAGUCUGGUCCCCAAGGCUCUGGAGCCGUACGUGACAGAAAUGGCUCAGGGAACUGUUGGAGGCGUGUUCAUCACGACGGCAGGUUCCACGUCUAACGGCACAAGGUUCUCUGCCAGUGACCUGACCAACGGUGCAGAUGGGAUGCUGGCCACAAGCUCCAAUGGGUCUCAGUACAGCGGCUCCAGGGUGGAGACCCCGGUGUCCUACGUCGGGGAGGACGAUGAGGAGGAUGAUGACUUCAAUGAGAAUGACGAGGACGACUGAUGUCCUCCCCACUUCAAAUUCACCUUCAGGAAAACGUUUAGGAAAAGAAACUUUUUUUUUAAUGUGGGUUUUCUGUUCCUUUUGGCCUACUCCCAAGAAGAUAUUGGUAAGCUAUUGAAUUUAGAUAUGCACCUCUGAUAAGCAAGGAUUGUUUCCCGUAGGAUUAGGAUGUGCUGUGGAUGUGUGUUUUGAUACCAGUGUGCUGAUGCAGAGCGUUUAUUUACUUUUUAGGAUUUUGUGUUUUCAUUUGCUAUUUUUCUUUAAGUGCAGAGUUCAUUUUUGCCCCUGAAAAGUUUUUGCUGAGUUUGCUGAAGAAAUUGUAUUUCAUCCACAUCCAUGAAAAUAAAACAGCCUCCUGUUGUGGACGGUGAGCACCUGAUGCCGUUUAUUUGCUGAGAGUUUGGACGGCGCCCCCGAUGCCACUUAUUUGCCGUGAGUUUGGACAGCGCCCCUGCUGGCGGAUAGCGAGACUGUGGAGUUUGUUCAGUGGUACGGUGUCCAAGCAAACAGCAGAAUUCGACUUUCUAAACAGCCCUAAGCAAACAGCAGAAUUCGACUUUUUAAACAAUAAACACCAUCAACCUUAUUGACUUUAUUGUCCCUUAAAUUAUAUUGACUGUUGUGAUUCCAUCAAGUUUAUACACUCUUUUCUCCCUAUUUUGCAGCAACAAAUUGCGAAGUGCUUUUGUUUGUUUGUUUUUGUUUGGUUAAAGCUUAUUGCCACGCUGGUGCGGCUAUGGAGACUGUCUGGAAGGCUUGGAAUGGUUUAUUGCUUAUGGUAAAAUUUGCCUGAUUUCUUACAGGCAGCGUUUGGAAACCUUUUAUUAUAUAGUUGUUUACAUACUUAUAAGUCUAUCAUUUAAAGACAUCUACUGAAACAAAUGUAUUUGUUUCAUAAGCAUCUUCCUGUAAUCUAUUAUAAAAUUGAAAUUAAAUAUAGAGAAUGUUUUAACAAUUUUUUAACUCAAAAUUUGUCAAUCAUUUUUAAUAGUUCUUUUUUUAUAAAAAGAAAAAGGAAUUUAAGGACAGGCAGUAGUCUCUUUUAAAAUUUAUUCACAAAACCCAUUAACUGCACAGUUGCUAUUAGCUGCCUGUUCUAAAACGAUAGUCUUUUUAUUGAAACACAAAUAAACUUUUCUGUAAUAUUUUAUGGAAUAUAAAGAGACUUUAAUUGUUUGACUUGUUUAACUUGGCACUGUUAGUUUUUAUUAAUAAAACGCGCAUGGGCAUUUUAAACAA